CUCAGCAUGCUAACCACAGAGACAUAGUUCAGCAUGCUAACCACAGAGCCACAGUUCAGCAUGCUAACCACAGAGCCACAGUUCAGCAUGCUAACCACAGAGCCACAGUUCAGCAUGCUGACCACAGAGCCACAGUUCAGCAUGCUGACCACAGAGCCACAGUUCAGCAUGCUAACCACAGAGCCACAGUUCAGCAUGCUGACCACAGAGACAUAGUUCAGCAUGCUAACCACAGAGCCACAGUUCAGCAUGCUAACCACAGAGCCACAGUUCAGCAUGCUGACCACAGAGCCACAGUUCAGCAUGCUGACCACCGUGCCAAGCUCAGCCCGAUCCACAGUUCGCCACCUGUUACCGCCAAGAAAUAA